AUGAUCACAGAGGUAUGGUCAUUGCGGCGUGCAGAGAUUCUGGGUGAACAUCAUAGGAAGGGUCAGAAUGACGAGAAACCCAAUCUAUCAGAGCACCCAAGCUCUGGCGAGGCUCGCCUGAUUCAGGAUAUGAUGGGGGAAAUUCAAAGCCAUGGCCUUAGCAAGGUCAGGGCAAUAGUUCCUAUCCUGUAUAGUUUCAUGGCAGACCAGGAAGCGACAGCGAAGACAGUCAAGGAACUGUUGAAAUAUGACCAGUUCGCCUGCAACGUUGCACCGGAUGAAAGAGAGAAAAAGGGCUACCAGCAGUGGUUGGCCCCCGUGCUGAUCAAGGCAAUUGUCCUUGUUUUCUACAGUGGUGAUGGUUGGCAAGGUCUUGCUCAGUCAGCGCUGACGCAUCAGUAUUUCAAGCCGAUGGGUGUCAACCCUCUGUUGAUAGUGGCGACCAUGAUCUGUCAGUCUCAAUGA